UCGAGCUCAUUCACCUACAUUUCUCCAAGCUUCCGCCUUCCUGUACAAGAGGGGUAGAGGGCAGUAGUAAUCAUGGGGGUUCUCAACUGGAUGCAGACUAAGCUUCAUGGAUCGCAUAGCAGCAGAAGGAAAUCGGAGUUCAGCGCAGACUCGGCUCGGCCUGCUGAUACCUCCAGUGGCCUUCCUCAGACCGACAAGCUCAACGACGGCGGGACUGCAGCAAUGCUGUCGAUCGGGACGUUCGGGAUGAAGGAAGGGCACAGACUGAAAAGCUGUGGACGUUUUGACGAACUCAACAAGCUGCAGGAGGAGCUGAAAUCGCUCGUCAGAGCCAGAGGAGCCGACACAGCAGACGAACUGGGCAGGGUACAUCACCUGCAACUCGAGAGGCUUCUGAGCUGCUCUUCCAGUUCCAAGAAUGGAGGCAUUGUUCGGCAGAGAUCGUUUAGGAAACUUACAAGAAGAACCCUCGGUGGUUUCCUGCCCAGGCCGAGCUUCAGGGAAGCUGUACCACAAACGAGAUUUAACGAGAUUAUCUGGGGAUUGCUCCUCAAGAACGCGCACCCUCAGAGCUCGUCGUUCAACAAUCCUGUAAUGAGGGAUGAUCGAGCAGUCCAGAUGGGCCGGAAAGGCGAGGCGGAGGUCGAGGAUGAAGCGGGCAAAUGGAUCAGAACAGAUUCAGAGUACAUCGUGUUAGAGAUCUGAACUUCCAGGAUGGAAGCAUAGAGGAGAGAACCGGUUCCUUGUACAAUUUUGUUUGGUACAAGCCUGCCUGCAAAUGAUCUUACCAGAUGGCCUUCAACGCAAGGAAACAAUACAGUUU